AUGGACACGACAAAGGCGGACAAGGUACAGGCGCGAAAGGCGAGGAAGCGAGCGUACUUGCGGCAGUUCAUGCAGGGCUACCGAGUCAAGGUCAAGGACGCGACCCUUUUGCUAAGGGAACAAGUCACGGCACUGGAGGCCGAGUACGCGCGGCGGUCGUUCCCAACCAUGAUGCCGUGGCACGAAGUGGCUGACGCGCUGCAGACCGAACGGUCCAAGUCCGAAACGGAAGCGCACCAACUGCGACGGAAGCUUCGGUCCGUGGAAACGCAAUCGCGUGUAAUGCAGCAGUGGGUCGUUGCCCACUUGGCGGCCAUUCCGAGGUCGCCGGACGCCGCGGUUCAGACUUGGCGCAACGUAACGCUGUUAAAGGACCCGACAUCGCGCCAACUGGGGAAAGACUGGAUCCUGCAGCAAAUGUACCACAACACCGACCGGAUGUUUGCAUCUCAUGGGUUUCCCGCCAUCGCGUCCAUGCAAGCCAUGUACGAAAUGGAUGUCCAGGCGUCCCAUACAAACGAUGCCGAGUGCAUGUACUACCACGCGAAGCGGCAAAUGGAGUCGGCACCCCCGGAUGCGAUCAUGCGAUUCAUGUAUCGACACCACCUUUGCCGCAUCCUCAUGGCGGACGGCGACAUUCCUGUCACGUACCCUGUAUGA